GGCGCGCGCGCGCGUUCCUCGUCAGCAGCCGACAUGGCGCUCGCUGGGCUCGCGCUGCGCGGCGCUGCUGCGGCGGCGUCGAGACCUCGGCCGCGGCUACGUUUCGCGACGGGGCCUCUGAGCCGCAGGCACGCGGCGCAUUUCACUUUCCAGCCGGACCCAGAGCCCACCCAGUAUGGCCAGACACAGAAAAUGAACCUUUUCCAGUCCAUUACAAGUGCCUUGGAUAAUGCCUUGUCGAAAGAUCCAACAGCAGUAAUAUUUGGUGAAGAUGUAUCCUUUGGGGGAGUCUUUAGGUGCACUCUUGGCUUGAGAGACAAGUAUGGUAAAGACAGAGUGUUCAAUACUCCUUUAUGCGAACAAGGAAUUGUAGGAUUUGGCAUUGGAGUUGCAGUAACUGGUGCUACAGCCAUUGCAGAAAUUCAGUUUGCUGACUAUAUCUACCCUGCCUUUGAUCAGAUUGUUAAUGAGGCGGCAAAGUAUCGGUAUCGCUCUGGAAAUCUCUUUGAUUGUGGAAGCCUCACUAUAAGAGCCCCUUGGGGUUGUGUGGGUCAUGGUGCAUUAUAUCACUCUCAAAGCCCUGAAGCCUUUUUUGCUCAUUGUCCAGGACUAAAGGUUGUUGUUCCAAGAGGUCCUGUAGAAGCCAAAGGACUAUUGCUAUCAUGCAUAGAAGAUAAAAACCCUUGUAUAUUCUUUGAACCUAAAAUACUGUACAGAGCAGCAGUGGAGCAAGUCCCUGUGGAGCCAUACUACAUUCCACUCUCUCAAGCAGAAGUCCUUCAGAAUGGAAGUGAUGUUACACUGGUGGCCUGGGGUACGCAGGUUCAUGUUAUUAAAGAGGUAGCGGUUAUGGCUCAAGAAAAGCUUGGUGUGUCCUGUGAAGUAAUUGAUCUGAAGACUAUUCUGCCUUGGGAUGCAGAGACUAUAUGCAAGUCGGUGGCAAAGACUGGACGGUUGCUGAUUAGCCAUGAAGCCCCUAUUACAGGAGGUUUUGCGUCAGAAAUUAGUUCAACGGUUCAGGAGGAAUGUUUCUUGAACCUAGAAGCGCCUAUUUCAAGAGUGUGUGGUUAUGACACUCCAUUUCCUCACAUAUUUGAGCCAUUCUAUAUCCCAGACAAAUGGAAAUGCUAUGAUGCAGUUCGGAAAAUGAUUAAUUAUUGAUCAUGCAGAAACAACCUCUGUUAGACAUUCUCUGCUUCUACAAAGGUGAGAAGAACAAGAAGAAAAAGCAGUUGCUGUUGGUGGAACUAUUAACAUAAAAUUGAGAUCUUUCAAAAAUUGUAGAGGAGAACUAAGUGAGAUUAUUUUCUCAAAUGCAUUGAUUUGGAUACUCAUCUUGGCUAUUCAUCAAAAGCUCAACAUUUCUGCCAGCUGUGCAUUCAAGAAUGGGCAGGUGAUUGCCGUGAAACAUUGGCUGUGAUUCUCUUUCCCCGCUCCCCAUUCUGAAUGUGACAAAACUUCUAAAAUGUUUUACCCUGUAAAUGAUGUAUUGGGUUCCACACAAUGAAGAUAGAGGGUUGUAUCCAACAUUGCUGUUCCACUAGCACAAAAGACUUCUGUUUGUGCAACAGAAUUUACUCCUCCUUUCCCCUUUAGCUCCUUGUGCACCCUCAAAAUCUCCAGAGGGUUGGGGGUCCUUUGGCGCAGAUUUGCAGGAAGAUGAGAGGAAGUGGGAUUCUCAUAGCGGACCAUUGCCCACACAUCAUUAGAUGCAGCCCACUAAUCAGAAAGCAUUUGGUAUGCUUUUUUGUGUGCCUUACUAUAGAUCUUUUUACUUUGAUUUCACAACAGACUUACUUGUGUUUCAACUAAAACUGGCAGUGGUUUUACACUUGGACAUUUUCUUUUAUUUAUUUUUAGAUCUCAUUGUAUCAGUGGCAUAAACUGUCAGUUCUUUGAAAAAGCCAAGUGUCCUAAAGUUAGAAUCAAAAGCUACUCUUUGAUCCAAAAUUAAAAACAAACAUAAUUCUCAAAUCAGUUUGCUUGCUCAAGGCUUUUGUUAAAAAAUGUGGGUUGGCACAACUGAUGAAGAAGCAUCUGCUGCCAUGGAGUUAUGAAAAUAUAUAAUUAAUGCCAGUAAUUUCACAGAAACACUCCUGUGAGUCUGAGACUCAUUAGGUAUUUCUGGGUAGUAUCUAAGUUAUACUCAGAAGUUAUACUCAUUGAAAUGAGUGAGCUUAAGUUACUUGAGUCCUUGAUUUCAGUGGGUCUACACUUGAGUAUGAAAGUUAGAUAUUGCAUUAUGAUUUUGAAUGCAAAGCAAAAAUGUUAACCUUGAAUAUAAUAACUGUAUCAUUAGAGAAAAAUGUGCAUUUUUCUAAAUGGGUUUAUCUCAGCACCCCAAAGCAUUGCAUUUACUUACUAACACAUUGUGUAGACCAAGAUAACCUUUUACAUUUUUAAUACAUUUAAAACAGGUAUAGAUUCAUAACAUGGAUGGUUGGAAUUCUUCAGUUUCUGUGCUGCUCUCACAGCCUUGUCUAGAUGGCAGUGUGCACCUAUUCAACCUGUAUUUGUGGAUAAAUGCCUUUAAAAGUGUUUACCAUACAAAAACAGAUACUUGUAAAUGUGAAAAGUGUACAUGCUUUUUGCCAAAAUGCAGCACAUGACAAUGAAAUCCUCAGUUAAAAAGUCACAAAUGAAAUGUAUUUUCAUUAGUAUCGGGCAUAUGAUACCCUGGACCUCUAAGCAUUUUGAAAGGUAACAUUUUUAUGUAAGUUAACAUAAGGAAUGUUUAUGUUAACUCUGUUUAAACAUUAGCUUUUAAAUAAAAUGUAAGAUUGUU